UUGUGGAUGUUGAUACUUGUGAAUGUUGAUCUGUAAUUUAUCUUUGUGUGGUGCUUUUUCUGUGGUGUCGAUUGUUACACUAAUAAGAAUUCAUUCAGGUCUCAUUUCACUAGAUUAAACAAUUCCUCAUGUCUGAGCUAUUGUGCAUAUUGAGUACAUACAAUUCUAGAUGUUCUCUACUUGAUGACCAUGUACUUUAGCUCUAUGAUCAUUAAGAACUAUUUUUUCACAUUUAUAGUGCUGUUACCUGCAAUAACUAAAUAUUGCAUAUGCAUUGUUCAUAGAAAUUUAAUUGUUUUCAGCUUUUUUAUGAUGUAACAGAUAAUUGCAGGACAUGACAAGUGAAAUCUAUUAGAAUGGUCACUCUUUGAUGUAACUAGUUUGUUAAUGUGCUUUUUAACUUUGGUGGAUUGUUCCACAGCAUAUGUUCUUCAAGUUUGGUUAGUUUCUCGCUAUUUUUAACAUUGCUGAUGUUGAUAGGAGUCACAGCAGAAACAUCAGCAAAAUGUAUACAGCAAGGAAGAAAAUCCAGAAGGAAAAGGAUGUUGAGCCUACUGAGUUCGAGGAGAUAGUUGCACAGGCCCUUUUUGAUUUGGAGAACACCAAUCAGGAGCUUAAAAGUGACUUGAAGGAUCUUUACAUUAACUCAGCUGUUCAAAUUGAUGUUGCGGGGAAUCGGAAAGCUGUUGUUAUCCAUGUACCUUACAGACUGAGGAAAGCUUUCCGAAAGAUUCAUGUGAGGCUUGUCCGGGAAAUGGAGAAGAAAUUCAGUGGCAAAGAUGUGAUAUUUAUUGCCACUAGAAGGAUACUGAGACCACCGAAAAAGGGCUCUGCAGUAGUCCGGCCUCGAAGUCGCACACUGACACAUGUGCAUGAAGCUAUGUUGGAGGACAUUGUGUAUCCAGCAGAGAUUGUUGGAAAACGUAUUCGAUAUCGUCUUGAUGGAUCUAAGAUCAUCAAGAUCUUCUUAGACCCAAAAGAGAGGAACAACACUGAGUAUAAGUUGGACAGCUUUGCUGGAGUUUAUCGCAAACUUACUGGAAAAAAUGUGGUUUUUGAGUACCCGGUUACUGAGGCAUGAACACAUUUUACGCUGAGUAAAGCUCAUCUUAGAUUGCUUGAUUUUGUUAGUUUUGCAACAAUUCAUGUGUUAAUUUGAUACUGAGCUCAAAGACAUUAUUGAGAAUCUGAGAUAGAGAGUAUUUUUGGAGAUGAUGCAACUCUUGAAACUUAGUUUUAGGCAGUAUAAUUAUUUAACUGUUUAGAGUUCAAUUGGAUACUGAAAGCUUUAUCAAAAAUAGUUCUUAUUCUGAUGGUUGAUG